AGAGGUGCUCUGCUCCAUCCCCAUAAGACUUCGCGCACACCGCCCGAUGCCAGCGAUUUAUCGUCCUAGCAUUCCGGACUGCAGUGCAGCAGCAGCAGCGGCUCUAUAGUGUGGACUCGCAGCUAAAAAUGAAGACCGCAAUGACAACCAAGAAGCUGAAUGGACACGGAAGCCUCUACAAGGAGGUCCGGUUUUCACCGUCCACGACUCCGAUCCCGAUUCGUCGUACCCGGUCCGUACCUGCUGGCAGUCAGAGUGGCAGAGCCCCCGAUGUGGACUUAUACAGUCAGUUCCAAAUAUAUGUCGACCAAGCGAGGGCGCUGCUCGAUAAACAGAGGGCCAGCUUUGAUCGCGAGAGGGAGACAUUCGAGGAGGAGAGGAAAUUAUGGGAUCGAGAGAGAGAAUUGUUAAAGGCGCGAAUCGCAGAGCUGGAAUCUGCCAUACAAGGUCGAACGGACAGAUUCAAUAAUGUCUCCGCCACCGCGUCUUUCACGUCCAGCGUCAAAUGGAAGCAGGUCUCGUUUGCUUCUCAAGCACCCCAUGUGGAACUGUCCAGAGAUUACCACGUAUGGGAGGGCUCCAUCAAGUCGCCGAAGCCGACGAGAGUCUUCGCAGAGGAAAGCAAGAAACCAGACCAGCUAGGACCAAUCGAGGGGAACGGGAUCGGAGCUGCACCGUCUCUGGAUGCUGCCUUAUCUCCUUUGUCUCGAGCUGCUGAUGCAUCUGCAGGGCCCAGUGUGUCGGUACCGAUCGAGAAGCUCGACAGUACGCUGGAUGGUAUCACUCUCAAAUCUACCGGUCUCCCACCAAAUGUCGUUGCAAAAGUCAUGACACCACCAUCUGCGUCACCCUCAGGAGGGUCGGGCUCUGAUGACGCCGGUGCAGACACUCAACGCGCGAGUCCGGAGCGAAGAAAGAGCCUUAUUCUCAAUCUAUCUGAAUUAGGACCUCCGGAUGUGAAUCUGAAGCGAGACGCCGGCCAUACACCGAUGGUCGUUCUCAAGACAGAUCCAGACCCUCCUGAUGAAGCGACCGAUGAGACGACUUAUGAGAUAACUGAUGAAAAUCCCCUCGAACCAGUGACGACGCUACAACCAGCAGAGUGCUCCGAUUCCUAUUUCCCGGACGUCAAAGACGUCACGGAUGACCCGGCCCUGAAGGGCCCACUCUCCUUGCAAAACAAUGAAAGUAAGGAUAAUAGUUUCCUCGAAGAACUCGACCAGAAACUUUUAGACGAGGCAAGGAAACUGUUCUCUAACCGUCCAAGCAUCUCAGAAGACGACGCAGAGUCCUCCACGCAUGGUCAAGGCGAACCCGAGCCAGAACUGAAGUUGAGGAGCACCACCAACUUUGGCACGGCAUUCGGAGCUUUCUAAAUAAAUGAAUUGUAGAAGAAGAAAGGGUUCUGAAUUGGAUUCUGAACCUUUUUUUCUUUUUAUGUCAUUUUCAUCACAUUUAUCUAUCUAUCUAUCUACUGGCACAUAAA